AUGGCUUUAAAGCUUGACAUGAGCAAAGCUUACGACCGUGUUGAAUGGGAUUAUUUGUGUGCCGUCAUGCUCCGUAUGGGAUUUGCUGAGAAAUGGGUGAAGCUUGUUAUGGAAUCUAAUCAACUUAUCCAAGUUUGCCGAGUUGUUAAUGGGGCCCCUACGAUAUCACAUAUGCUGGUUGCUGAUGAUAGCUACCUAUUUUGUCAAGCUACCAAUGAUGUGGCCUUGAAUGUUCGCACCCUGCUUCAUUCUUUUGAAAUAGUGUCUGGGCAAAAGGUGAAUGUCACUAAGUCUUCUAUUUUCUUUAGCCCCAAUACUGAUCAAAUGCUAAAGAAUCAAAUAUGUUCAACAUUAGAGAUGACUGAAGCCGAUGAACACAGCAUGUACCUUGGCCUACCAAAUACCAUGGGUAGGAAAAAGGCAGCAAUUCUUGGAGAUACUUCUCAGACGGUCAUUCAAUCCCUCCCCACCUAUGCUAUAAGUAUUUUUCUCAUUCCCCUUAAGAUUUGUAACGAGAUUGAAACAUUAAUGGCUAACUUUUGGUGGAAAACAACAUCUAGUAAAGGUAAUGGGAUAAUUUGGAUGUCAUGGGAUAGGAUGGCUGUUCACAAAGAUCUUGCCUUGGCUUUCGUCGUCUACAUGAUUUUAAUCUUGCAAUGGGAAAGCAAUGGCACUUUCUCGGUGAAAAGUGCUUAUCUUUUGCUGCAGAAAUCAAAGAAACAGCAUACGAGUACUGAUAAUUCUGGAUUCUGGCGCUCACUUUGGCAGCUAAAAAUCCCUCUGAAAGUUAAAAACUUCAUGUGGAGGGUUGUUUCGAGUGCCCUUCCCACUUGUUUACAACUUGUUACCAAGCAUGUAGACAUCUCUUCGAACUGCCCCAUAUGCAAAAGCCAUCCAGAAUCGGUUUCUCGUGCCAUCAUCAGCUGCUCCUUAGCCCAAUCUUGCUAG